AUGAGAAUAACAAAUAGGGCAGCACUUAAACCUGCUGCAACAACUUCUACUCUCAAUUCUUCCAAUUACCAAUUAACAACACCAAAAGCUACCCCUACAACAAUAUCCACCAUGUGUAUCGUUAAAUCGACCACCAGAACCUGCGGCAACUGCGAAGCCGAGGACCUCGUGCUUAUUGACGAAGACCUAUGCGAAGCUGUCAAGGAGGGCAAGGCCUGUCCGGGGAAGAAGAAGAUUGUGCUCGACAAGGCAUGGCUGUGUCCAGCAUGCCAUGCCAAUACAGCUAGUGGCACGUGCUACACGGAGCCAUAUGACUAUCAACCAAAGAUCCAACAAGAAGUCGCCAAGAAAGAGACUGGUUCCUUCGCGGAUAAGGUCAAGAAGGUGUUUGGCAAGAAGUAG